GCGGAGAAGGAGUGCGGCGCCCUGGGCGGGCUCUUCCAGGCCAUCGUCAACGACAUGAAGAGCUCCUACCCCAUCUGGGAGGACUUCAACUCCAAGGCCACAAAGCUGCAUUCUCAGCUGAGGACUACUGUGCUGGCUGCUGUGGCUUUCUUGGAUGCCUUCCAGAAAGUGGCUGACAUGGCCACCAACACCCGAGGGGCCACGCGGGACAUCGGCUCGGCGCUCACGCGCAUGUGCAUGCGCCACCGCAGCAUCGAGACCAAGCUGCGGCAGUUCACCAAUGCGCUGCUCGAGAGCCUCAUCAACCCGCUGCAGGAGCGCAUCGAGGACUGGAAGAAGUCGGCCAACCAGCUGGACAAGGACCACGCGAAAGAGUACAAACGAGCCCGGCAUGAGAUCAAGAAGAAAUCGUCCGAUACGCUGAAGCUGCAGAAGAAGGCUCGCAAAGAGCUACUUGGGAAAGGAGACCUGCAGCCCCAGCUGGACAGCGCCCUGCAGGAUGUCAACGACAUGUACCUGUUGCUGGAGGAGACGGAGAAGCAGGCGGUGCGCCGGGCCCUGAUCGAGGAGCGUGGCCGCUUCUGCACCUUCAUCACCUUCCUGCAGCCGGUGGUGAACGGCGAGCUGACCAUGCUGGGGGAGAUCACCCACCUGCAGGGCAUCAUCGACGACCUGGUGGUGCUGACCGCAGAGCCGCACAAGCUGCCCCCGGCCAGCGAGCAGGUGAUCAAGGACCUGAAGGGCUCUGACUACAGCUGGUCCUACCAGACUCCACCCUCGUCACCCAGCAGCUCCAGCUCCCGCAAGUCCAGCAUGUGCAGCGCCCCCAGCGGCGGCGGCAGUGCCAAGAGUGGCGGAGCCCCGUGGCCUGGGGGCACCCCAACAUACUCACCCAGUUCCACCUGUCGCUACCGCAGCCUGGCCCAGCCAGCCCCCGCCCCCGCCCGCCUCUCCAGCGUCUCCUCCCACGACUCUGGCUUCGUCUCCCAGGACGCCACCUAUUCCAAGCCCCCCUCGCCCAUGCCUUCAGACAUCACCAGCCAGAAGUCCUCCAGCUCCACAUCCUCCGAGGCCUCGGAGACCUGCCAGUCUGUUAGCGAGUGCAGCUCCCCCACCUCGGACUGGGCCAAGACUGGCCCGCACGAGCCGCCCUCAGGGGCCAGUCUCCACCGGAGGAAGGACCGAGUGGAGCUCCUGCGAGACUCAGAGCCUGGACCUGCUGGUGGCGGCCCUGGGGGAGAAGAGGUGCCUCGGCCGCGGAUGUCCCCCGCCACCAUCGCAGCCAAGCACGGCGAGGAGGUGUCCCCGGCGGCCAGCGACCUGGCCAUGGUCCUGACCCGCGGCCUGAGCUUGGAGCACCAGAAGAGCAGCCGGGACUCGCUGCAGUACUCCAGCGGCUACAGCACGCAGACCACCACGCCCUCCUGCUCCGAGGACACCAUCCCUUCCCAAGGGUCCGACUAUGACUGCUACUCGGUGAACGGGGACGCGGACAGCGAGGGCCCGGCCGAGUUCGACAAGUCGUCCACCAUUCCGCGGAACAGCAACAUCGCCCAGAACUACCGCCGCCUGAUCCAGACCAAGCGCCCGGCCUCCACCGCAGGGCUGCCCACGGCCGCGGGCUCGGGGCUGCCGUCCGGCGCGCCCCCCGGCGUGGCCACCAUCCGCCGCACGCCGUCCACCAAGCCCACCGUGCGUCGCGCCCUCUCGAGCGCGGGCCCCAUCCCCAUCCGGCCGCCCAUCGUGCCCGUCAAGACGCCCACCGUGCCCGACUCGCCCGGCUACAGCGCGCCGACCCGCGCGGGCAGCGAGGAGUGCGUCUUCUACACCGACGAGGCUGCCUCGCCCUUGGCCGUGGACCUGGCCAAGGCCUCCCCGAAGCGGCUCAGCCUGCCCAACACGGCCUGGGGCAGCCCCUCGCCCGAGGCCGGCCACCGGGGCGCGGACGACGACACCGAGCAGCAGCAGCUGGCCGCUAACCGGCACAGCCUGGUGGAGAAGCUGGGGGAGCUGGUGGCGGGCGCGCACGCGCUGGGCGAGGGCCAGUUCCCCUUCCCCACCGCCCUGGCGGCCACCCCGGCCGAGGAGACGCCUGCGCCGCCCCCCGCGGCCACCAGCGACCCCCCAGCCGAAGACAUGCUGGUGGCCAUCCGGCGCGGGGUGCGGCUCCGCAGGACCGUCACCAACGACAGGUCCGCGCCCCGAAUCUUGUGA